AUGAAAUUCUUUCAAUCCAUUCCGGCUAUUAUUGCUGUGUUUUCGUUUGCAGCAACUGUAGUCAACGCAAAACUUGUGUACGAAUAUGAAACAAAAUAUGUCACGGUAGAAAUUGUCACAAUAGUAAGUGGAGGGAGUACUUAUACCACUGAACGACUCAAAACUGAUUCUAUUACUAAUGACUCCACGAAAACAACAACAACUGUGGUGAUUCCCAGUUCCAAACCAACGAGUCCAGAAUCACAACCACUGUCGGAUUCUCACCCAACGUUUCAAUCACCAUCACCAGUGCAAAUAAUAUCCAGCACCACGUCCAUCAACGUUAUCAAUAACGCGCCACUGUCAACUAAACCUGAAACGACAGCAAGUGCAAGUCCUGCGGUUAUUGUUCACACUUCAGUAUUUGUGGUCAAGCCAAAUCCAACCCCGACUACUUCAUCAUCAUCACCAGGUAUUGUUCGCGUAGUCAAGGCAGCAAUAACAUCACUGGCAUCUAAACCCCUGCCACAACCGCAAGAAAACAAUUCUGGAACUGGUGAUAAUAAUAAUCAAUUAUCAUUGUUUAGCAACCAAAUUCUUGAGGCUCAUAAUGCAAAACGAGCCAGACAUGGAGUGAAUCCAUUAACUUGGAGUAACGAUUUAUACAAUUAUGCCAACAAAGUAGCUAAUAAUUAUGAUUGUUCAGGAAACCUUCGUCACACCAAUGCACCAUACGGAGAGAAUUUAGCCUUGGGAUACUCAUCAGCUGCCAAUGCUGUCAAUGCUUGGUAUUCUGAAGGAUUUACUGGAGGGUUAAAUCAUUUUACACAAGUGGUUUGGAAGUCAACUACUCAAUUAGGAUGUGCUUACAAAGAUUGUCAAGCAAAAGGUUGGGGGUUAUACGUCAUUUGCAGUUAUCAAAAACCAGGUAAUAUCAUUGGACAAGAGCUUGCCAAUGUUUUACCAUUGAUUAAAUCGUGA